AUGGCGCAGAAUGUCAACUUUCAACGCUCGGUAGAGUCCGUGAAAGGCGGCCAGGAACCCGCGCUGGCUGCCCGCGAGCUGCUCCGUGAGCUCACCGACGAGGAAAAGCUCUCCUUGCUCCAGGGCGACCCGAGCUUCUGGGAGGGCCUGUACAAACUGUACGCGGGAUACUACCUCCUCAACCCAUAUGUACACGGUGAGGUCAAACGGCUGGGUAUUCCGGGCAUUCGAUUCAGCGAUGGUCCGCGCGGCAUCAAUAUCAACAAGGCAACCGCCUUCCCGGUCUCGAUGGCGCGAGGAGCGACAUGGGACCCGAGCUUGGAAGAACAGGUCGGUCACGUCAUCGGCCUCGAGGGCCGUGCGUACAAGGCCAACACCGUUGGCAGCGUCUCGAUCAACCUGCCCCGUCACCCUGCGUGGGGCCGUGCCCAGGAGACAUACAGUGAAGAUCCGCUGCUGCUCGGAGAGUUUGGAGCGGCCCAUGUGCGUGGUCUGAAGCCAAACGUCAUGCCAUGUGUCAAGCAUCUCGCACUCAACUCGAUGGAGACCGCCCGGUUUCGUGUCAAUGUGACUGUGGACGAGGCUGCCCUGCAUGAAGUGUACCUGCCGCAUUUCCGGCGUGUUGUGGAGGAAGGCGCGCCUAUUAUCAUGUCGGCAUACAACUCUGUCAACGGCGAGUGGGCCAGUGAGAAUAAACACCUAAUGACCGACAUCUUGCGCAAUCAAUGGGGCUUCCAGGGCAUCGUCAUAUCCGAUUGGGUGUAUGGAGUGCAUGACGGCGUCAAGUCCAUCAAGGCCGGCCUUGACAUUGAAGCUCCCUUCCAGAAUCUCCGAGCGGCCUCUGUGCGCCCAGCCCUCGAGUCCGGGGAGCUCAGCUGGACAGAGAUCGACCAGGCCGCCCAUCGGAUCCUGACCACGCAACUGCUUCACUAUGCCAGGCGCAAUCCAGAGGAACCAACCACCGACAUGGUUUUCAAUCAGCGCGCGCGCGAGCUCGCCCGCGAAGUCGCCUCAAAGUCGGUGGUACUGCUCAAGAACACUCCUGUCAAUGCUGAAAAGCUACUACCAUUGCCGGAAAGGAUAGAAAGCCUCGCAAUUAUUGGCCGCCUGGCCACAUCGCGCCACACUGGGGAUCGGGCGUCGUCCUUGGUAACCUGCCCCAAGGUGAUCUCCCCAUAUGACGGGAUCAGGAUGGCUCUGCCCCAUGUAAAGCUUCUGCUUUCCGACUCUGAUGAUGAGGAAGCUGCUGGUGACGCCGCAACCAAGGCGGAUGCGGUUGUCUUGAUCGUUGGGUAUGAUGGAGAGGACGAGGGUGAGUUCUUGCGACCAUCGAAGGACACGGAUCCCAUUGCCCAGGCCUUGUUACCAGCGCCCGAUAAUUCAUACUGGUCGCGGCGGGUUCAGGCCGCCAGGAAGGCCGCAGUCUCCGAGUCCACGUCAACCCCAGGGGAGCCAGAAGGCCUCAAGUCAAGACCUACCGGGGGUGACCGACGUUCGGUGCGACUUCGAGAUGAGGAUGUGCGGCUGAUACACGCUGUGGCGACUGUCAACCCUCGAGUCAUCGUCUCGGUCGUCACUGGAGGUGCAAUCAUCGCCGAGGAGUGGAGAUUCAAGGUUCCAGCUUUGCUGGUGAGCUGGUACAAUGGCUGCCAAGGUGGGAGGGCACUGGCGGACGUCCUGACGGGUGCAGUGAACCCGAGUGGGCAUCUACCAUGGAGCAUGCCGCGCAGCGAGGCCGAUCUACCUGCCUUUGACCCCGACGCAAAUGAAAUCACCUACACCAAGUGGGUGGGACAGCGUCUGCUGGACCGCCGAGGAGUGACGGCCGCAUACCCGCUCGGAUUUGGCCUGUCCUACACCCAGUUUGCCGUCGCAAGGGCAGUCAUCGGAGGGGCACAUACCAAGGGAAUCCGACUGCAAGUUCAGGUGCAGAAUACCGGCGAGCGAGCGGGUCGAUGCGUUGUGCAAGUGUAUGGACGCCCCCAGUUCCGCACCAAAGCAGACGAUUUCCCCACGCGGGUGUUGGCCGGGUUCCAGGCUGUUGAGCUGCGCGCCCACGAGACGAAAUCGAUCGAGGUCGUUGCGGCCUUUGCACCGUUCCAGCGGUGGGUGAAGGGGAACCUGGUAUGGGAUGUGACGCAGGUUGACCUGGAGGUUGGUCAAUUUGCGGGAGACUGUGACGCAGUCAGCGUGGUCUAUCGCCCAUCGCGUUCACGGAUGUGA